ACGCCGCCGGAAGCGGAAAUAGCUCCGGACGUCACAGCAGUAACAGUAACUGCCACCGCGAUGCCGAAGGGGCCUAAGCAGCAGCCGCCGGAGCCCGAGUGGAUCGGGGACGGAGAGAGCACGAGCCCCACAGACAAAGUGGUGAAGAAAGGGAGGAAGGACAAGAAGACCAAAAAGACGUUCUUUGAAGAGCUGGCAGUAGAAGAUAAACAGGCUGAGGAAGAAGAGAAAGCACUCAAGGAGAAAGAGCAACAGCAACAGCAGCAGCAGCAGCAGCAAAAAAAGAAGCGAGACACCCGAAAAGGCAGGCGGAAAAAGGAUGUGGACGAUGAUGGAGAGGAGAAACAGCUCAUGGAGCGUCUUAAGAAGCUCUCCAUACCAGCCAGUGAUGAGGAGGAUGAGGUACCGGCCCCAGUACCCCGAGGAGGGAAGAAAACCAAGGGUGGUAAUGUGUUUGCAGCCCUGAUUCAGGAUCAGAGUGAGGAAGAGGAGGAGGAAGAAGAAAAAUGUCCUUCUAAGCCUGCCAAGCCAGAGAAGAAUCGGAUUAAUAAGGCUGUAUCUGAGGAACAACAACCUGGGCUCAAGGGCAAAAAGGGAAAGGAAGAAAAGUCAAAGGGGAAGGGCAAGCCACAAAAUAAAUUUGCUGCUCUGGACAGUGGAGAGGAGGAUGAAGAAGAAGAAGUACUAAAAGAGAAGGAGCCGCCCAAACAAGGGAAGGAGAAGGGCAAGAAGGUAGAGCAGGGGUCAGAGGAGGAAGGAGAAGAAGAGGAGGAAGAGGGAGAGCCCAAGGCAGAUGAUCCUUAUGCUCACCUUAGCAAAAAGGAGAAGAAAAAGCUGAAGAAACAGAUGGAGUAUGAGCGCCAAGUGGCUUCAUUAAAAGCAGCCAGCGCUGCCGAAAAUGACUUCUCUGUGUCCCAGGCAGAGGUGUCCUCCCGCCAAGCCAUGUUAGAAAAUGCAUCUGACAUCAAGCUGGAGAAGUUCAGCAUCUCGGCCCAUGGCAAGGAGUUAUUCGUCAAUGCAGACCUUUACAUUGUAGCCGGCCGCCGCUAUGGGCUGGUGGGACCCAAUGGCAAGGGCAAGACCACGCUUCUCAAGCACAUCGCCAACCGAGCCCUGAGCAUCCCUCCUAACAUCGACGUGCUGCUGUGUGAGCAGGAGGUGGUAGCGGAUGAGACGCCAGCAGUGCAGGCUGUGCUUCGAGCUGACACCAAGCGAUUGAAGCUGCUGGAAGAGGAGCGGCGGCUUCAGGGGCAGUUGGAACAGGGGGAUGAUGCAGCUGCUGAGAGGCUCGAGAAGGUGUAUGAGGAGUUGCGGGCCACAGGGGCGGCAGCUGCAGAGGCCAAGGCACGGCGGAUCCUGGCUGGUUUGGGCUUCGACCCUGAAAUGCAGAACCGGCCCACACAAAAGUUCUCGGGGGGCUGGCGCAUGCGUGUCUCCCUGGCCAGGGCAUUGUUCAUGGAGCCCACACUGCUGAUGCUGGACGAGCCCACGAACCACCUGGACCUCAAUGCUGUCAUCUGGCUCAACAACUACCUCCAGGGCUGGCGGAAGACGUUGCUGAUUGUCUCCCAUGACCAGGGCUUCCUGGAUGAUGUCUGCACUGAUAUCAUCCAUCUUGAUGCCCAGCGGCUCCAUUACUACAGGGGCAAUUACAUGACCUUCAAGAAGAUGUACCAGCAGAAGCAGAAGGAACUGCUAAAGCAGUAUGAGAAGCAGGAGAAAAAGCUGAAAGAGCUGAAGGCGGGUGGCAAGUCCACCAAGCAGGCAGAGAAACAAACAAAGGAAGCCCUGACCCGAAAGCAGCAGAAAUGUCGACGGAAAAACCAGGAUGAAGAGUCCCAGGAAGCCCCUGAACUCCUGAAGCGCCCCAAGGAGUACACUGUGCGCUUCACAUUCCCGAACCCCCCGCCCCUCAGUCCUCCUGUGCUGGGCCUGCACGGUGUGACGUUUGGCUACGAGGGGCAGAAACCACUCUUUAAGAAUCUGGACUUUGGCAUUGACAUGGACUCAAGGAUCUGCAUCGUGGGCCCUAAUGGCGUGGGGAAGAGCACCCUGCUCCUACUGCUAACAGGCAAGCUGACACCGACCCGUGGGGAAAUGAGAAAGAACCACCGGCUGAAAAUUGGCUUCUUCAACCAGCAGUAUGCAGAGCAGCUGCGCAUGGAGGAGACUCCCACUGAGUACCUGCAGCGUGGCUUCAACCUGCCCUACCAGGACGCCCGGAAGUGCCUGGGCCGCUUCGGCCUGGAGAGUCAUGCCCACACCAUCCAGAUCUGCAAACUUUCCGGUGGGCAGAAAGCCCGAGUUGUAUUUGCAGAGCUGGCCUGCCGGGAGCCUGAUGUUCUCGUCUUGGAUGAGCCGACAAAUAACUUGGACAUAGAGUCUAUUGAUGCUCUGGGGGAAGCCAUCAAUGAAUACAAGGGUGCGGUGAUCAUCGUCAGCCACGAUGCCCGACUCAUCACAGAAACCAACUGCCAGCUGUGGGUGGUAGAGGAGCAAAGCGUCAGCCAGAUCGACGGUGACUUCGAGGACUACAAGCGGGAGGUGCUGGAGGCCCUCGGCGAAGUCAUGGUUAACAGACCCCGAGAGUGAGCUUUCCUUCCUGGUGGUACCCAAGAGAUGAGCUUGUGUGGUCUCGAAGUCCCCUGUUGUCUCCCUGUCACCAGUUGGAAACCUGCCUCUGGCCUGCAGCUGAUCCAGCAACCACUCAGGCAUGUGAAGGUGGAGCAUUGCCUUGAUGUGACCAGGAUACCACUAUGAUUGCUCUCUUUUCCUUGAAAGACUUGUCUGUUCUGCUUCUCUUCAGAUAACUGAGCUGACUUUGUCCUUGACAUCCCUCUGAACAAACAGAGGUGACCUUCAGUAUUGUGGGAUUCUGUCUUGCCAAGCCUAUGUGGCCCAGAAGGCCCCUGCUGUCCCCUUCACUUCCCCCAGAAGCCUGCCUCAGGCCUUGCUGCCGGCCCCCUGGUCUCUGAGUGGUGCUGUUCUUUCCUAGUGGAUUUAGUGCUAACUCAGUGAUACAAGUGGUUGUUGCACCGCAGAGCUUAGGCUUGUGCUGUCACCAGCCCAGGAUUUGGUGCCUGCAGUCUCUGCCUGGUAGGGACUUGGGGUCAGGAGAGGGAUGCUGCUGAACUUCAACCUCCGUUUGCAAGAAGGAAUAAAGGAAAGGAGAGGAGUCACUGCCACCUGUCACUGUUCGGAGAGUCCUGGGAGCCAGAACUGUUCUCAAUCUCUUUGAUUUUCCAGCAGCAUUUAGCAUUGCCUCUUCCCCACUAAUACAGAUGGAUCUAAUUUGCAGCCUCACUGCACCGUAGAGAGUGCUUGCUGUUGGAGAAUCCUCCCUCCUUUCCCCAACUCUUCAGACAAGGGGAAGGAAAGUGAUUGAUCCCUUCCAUCAAGGACACUCGACUCUCACUGUCCAAGCUGUCCUCAUGAAUGAGAAUGUGCUUUGCCUGUGAUCAGAAACCAGAGUACUGAUACUUUCAAAAGCGAUGAAAUCAGCCAGCCAACGUGUGGUGCUGUGGGGUAUAUACAAGAAGGGACAAGGCCUGCCUUUAUUCAUAGUACAGUUACAGAAGACUUGAAAAAUAAAACACAAGCUUACCAUGUACUAUGAUUAAUUGCCAAA